CUGCUCCAGGGGGCGGGACAGGCGAGCUCGGUAGUCCCGCCCCCGGGUUAUGCUGGACGCCGGCGACCCAUCGGCCCGCAAGGAUUUGAAACCGUUUGGCUGUGGCGGCGGGGCGGCGGCGGCCGAGUGGACGGCUUGCUUGUGGGGGCUCCAGGACGGAUUGUGGAAAUGGAGACUGAAGAAGAGCAAUGGGAGAAGCUGGAUGCAGAAUUUGAUCACUUUGUGGUAGAUAUGAAGCCCUUUGUGCUAAAGUUACCCCACAGGUCAGAACGGCAGAGAUGUGCUCUGUGGAUCAGAAAGCUGUGUGAGCCCUCAGGAACAGGUGCAGGACUCGUGGGUAGGAAGAAUCGGAACCUGUAUGCGAAACUGUUACUGCAUAUGCUUAGGCGAGGAGUACUCGAAGGCCCUUUUACACACCGUCCUGAGCCAGGAACACUAAAAACAUUACCAUCAUAUAUGUCCAUCUAUUUUGAUGAACCAAAUGCAGCACGACCAAAAGGUUCAAGUCCAGAGAAGCUACCCGACUGGGUAAUGGGUGAGCUGGAGACAGGAGAAAACAAAUUAAGUGAAUCAUGGCAGUUCUCUUCUGGGGAAGACAACACGGUGGUACUGUCGGCAAGUGAUGUCCACAGUAGAGAACAGUACACUGGGAAGCUUCGGAUGAGGUCCCAUUCCAUGAGUCCAACUUAUAAAGAAGACAGACAACAUAUUGCUUCAAAGAUCUGUGAAGUUCAUUCAAAACAGUCUCCUAUUUCUUUGGAUGACAGUGACAUUGAAGCUCGCCUGAAUAGUUGGAAUCUUGGGAUAGAAAAUCCUCGAUACCUGAGACAGAAGCCUCUCCCAGUUUCUCUGUUGGACAUGAAAACAAAAAUGAUGGAAGCAAAAUUUUAUGAAGAAAAACUUAAGCUGCAACAGAAACAUGAUGCUGAUGUGCAGAAGAUUUUAGAAAGAAAGAAUAAUGAACUAGAAGAUUUGAAAAUCUUAUAUAGAAAGAAACAAGCUGAAACUGAGGAAACUAUAAGAAAACUUGAAAAGAAAGUUCAGAUCCUUAUACGUGACUGUCAAGUUAUCAGAGAAACGAAAGAAAACCAGAUAACAGAACUGAAGAAGAUGUGUGAGCAAAGCGCAGAGUCCCUGAAUAACGAUUGGGAAAAAAAGCUUCACAAUGCUGUAGCAGAAAUGGAAAAGGAAAAAUUUGAGCUUCAAAAGCGACAUACUGAGACUAUUCAGGAGCUGCUGGAGGAUACAAACGUGCGCCUGAAUAAAAUGGAGGGUGACUACAUGGUGCAGACACAGUCCACAAACCACAUGAUCAAAGAACUGGAGGGCCGUGUACAGCAACUGACGGGGGAAGCAGAGAACAGCAACUUACAAAGGCAGAAAUUGAUUCAAGAAAAACUGGAGCUUGAGAGAUGUUACCAGAUGACCUGUAGUGAAUUACAGGAACUAAAGACCAGGCGUAACAUACUACAUAAGGAGAAAGAACAUCUUGCAAAUGAUUAUGAGCAAAAUGUGAAAUUAUUAAAAACCAAAUACGAUUCCGACAUAAAUCUCCUAAAACAAGAGCACGCGCUCUCUGCUUCUAAGACAUCUGGUGUGAUUGAAGAGUUAGAACAGAACAUCUGUCAAUUGAAACAGCAGGUCCAGGAGUCAGAACUCCAGAGGAAACAGCAAGCAAAAGAACAAGAAAAUAAGUUUCAAAUGGAGAGGAAUCAUUUAAAACACACCUAUGAAAAAAAGGUUAAUGAACUGCAGAAUGAACUUGAUAAGGAAAAAGAAGCUACUCAGAGGAAGAUCCAUAAAUUUGAGGAAGCUCUGAAGGAGAAGGAGGAGCAGCUCAGCCGCGUGACUGAGGUUCAGAGGUCACAGGCCCAGCAGGCAGAUGCUGCCCUGGAGGAGUUUAAGAGGCAGGUAGAGAUGAACUCUGAGAAGAUUUAUGCUGAGAUGAAAGCGCAGAUGGAAAAGGUGGAGGCAGACCUAACUAGAUCCAAGUCUCUUCGUGAGAAGCAGUCCAAGGAGUUCCUUUGGCAGCUAGAAGACGUCAAGCAGAGAUAUGAACAGCAGAUAGUAGAGCUGAAGCUGGAGCAUGAACAGGAGAAGACGCACCUAUUACAGCAGCAUAACGCAGAGAAGGAUAGCCUAGUCCGAGACCAUGAACGGGAAAUUGAAAACCUGGAGAAACAGCUUCGCGCUGCCAAUAUGGAGCACGAAAAUCAAAUUCAAGAGUCCAAGAAACGAGAUGCACAGAUUAUUGCUGAUAUGGAGACCCAGGUUCAUAAGUUGAGGGAAGAACUAAUUAACGUGAACUCUCAGAGGAAACAACAGCUGGUAGAACUUGGUCUUCUUCGAGAAGAAGAAAAGCAGAGGGCUGCGAGGGACCACGAGACCACCAUCAACAAGUUGAAGGCUGAGUCCGAAAGGGUGAAAAUGGAGCUGAAAAAGACGCACGCUGCCGAGACUGAGAUGACCCUGGAGAAGGCCAACAGCAGACUGAAGCAGAUCGAGAAGGAAUACACUCAGAAGCUUGCCAAAUCUUCCCAGAUCAUAGCAGAGCUUCAGACAACCAUUUCCUCCCUGAAAGAGGAGAGCAGUCGGCAGCAACUUGCUGCAGAAAGGCGGCUCCAGGACGUUAUUCAAAAGUUUGAAGAUGAGAAGCAGCAGCUGAUUAGAGAUAAUGACCAAGCAAUCAAGGCUUUACAGGAUGAACUAGAAACCCGCUCUAAUCAGGUGCGAAAUGCAGAGAAGAAGUUACAACACAAAGAACUGGAGGCACAGGAACAGAUAACGUACAUACGACAAGAAUAUGAAACAAAAUUCAAAGGGUUAAUGCCAGCAUCUCUAAGACAAGAACUUGAAGACACCAUUUCCUCCCUAAAGUCACAGGUCAACUUUCUACAAAAGAGGGCAUCCAUCCUUCAAGAAGAGCUGACCACCUACCAAGGCAGAAGGUAACUGCGUGGGAGAGCAUGACGGGUGAGAUUGUCUGGGCUUCAGUGUGAGCUUCAUCCAGCAGGUUUGAAGAUUUGGAUAUUGUGAACUGUGAGAUCAGUGGCUUUUUUUUUAAUGCUUAAGUGUAAUUAAGAUCAUAAAAACAUGCAUCAUCCA